UUGAUUCUUUGAUUUAUGUCUUUGUCGCUUGAAUCCAGGACGACCAUCGAGUGGUCAAAAUCCAACAACUACCCGCCGUUCAGCCAGGCCAAGAUGGAGGACACGCGUUGGGUGGAUCUGAAGGUGAAGUUGGGAUACCCGUACCUCUACUGUCACCAAGGAGACUGCGAACACCUGGUCAUCAUCACAGACAUCAGACUGGUCCACCAGGGCGACUGCUUGGAUAAGAGGCUGUAUCCGCUCCUCACGCACAAGAACAGGGCGGUCACCCAGAAAUGUGCCGUUUGCCACGUCUUCAUCGGCAGAUGGUACACCAUCGGCGACCAGUUUGCUCCCAGUGAUCCAUGUAUCUUCUGUGACAAAUGCUUCCGGAUGCUUCAUUAUGAUGAGCAGGGCAUCAAACUGGGAGAGUUCCUGGCUUAUCCAUACGUGGACCGAGGGGCCUUUAACUGAACUUCCUGUUAUGCUGUAUUAUAGUUACAUUUCAUAAAGAUGUAUUUAUUUUUAUUUUUUUGCAUAAAUUUACCUUUGUUCAUUAAAGCAUAAGUUUCAUCAAUUCCUCGCACAUUUGCU